AUGGAGUUGGAAUCUGUGACUUCAAUGUUAGGAGAUUGGAACUCCUUCAAUGGAGUAACUGUCGGCGAUGAGGCUUAUUUUAUGUCACAAUUGCUUGAUAAUUUUUCAGUUCCAAAUGAAUCACAGAAUUCUUCUCCUUUUGAAGUUUCUUCUACAUUUUGGCCUCAUCAUGAGGUUGAUGAAACUUGGGUUAAUUUGUCACAAGAUAAUGAAUUGUCUGCAAGUUCUAGGAAACGUUCUGGUAGCAUGGCUGAUGUGGAUGAGAAAUUGGAAAAGAGAAAGUGUAGAAAAAGUCAGAAGCUUAUUUCCAAUAACAACAAAGAUGAAGUUGACAAUGAUGCAGUUUUUGAUCAAAUUAUGAAAAUUUAUGGAUCUGAUGAAGAUUCAAAUUGGUCUCAAGAGUCAAUAAGUCCGAGGCCAAAACAGGUACAAAUUUUGAAGACAAGAGCAAGUAGAGGUUCAGCAACUGAUCCACAAAGUGUCUAUGCAAGAAAAAGAAGAGAAAAAAUUAACGAACGUUUAAGAAUAUUACAGAAUCUUGUUCCUAAUGGGACAAAGGUUGAUAUAAGCACAAUGCUUGAAGAGGCUGUUGAGUAUGUGAAGUUUUUGCAGCUUCAAAUCAAGUUGUUGAGCUCUGAUGAUAUGUGGAUGUAUGCUCCGAUUGCAUACAAUGGAAUGAACAUUGGGCUUGACUUAACAACAAUCCCAUCAUUAUCACCAAGAUGA